AUGGCCGAACACUUUAAAGAAAGAAGUGGAUGUCCUGUGUGCCUGACUCACCUGGAGACACCCAUGUACCUGCAAUGUGGCUUCGUCUGCUGCCUCCGCUGCAUCGAUUCACUGCAGAAGGAGCCCCGAGGGGAGGGUUUCUUGUGCCCCUCCUGCUCCGUGGUCUCUCAGAAGAAGGACCUCAGGCCCGGUACCCAUCUUGGGAGGCUGGUUUCGAGGAUCAAGGAGUUGGAGCCCCAGCUGACAGCCGUUCUGCAGAUGAACCCGAAGAUGCGCAAGUUCCAAGUGGAGGUGACCCUGGAUGUUGACACCGCCAACCACUACCUCAUCGUUUCUGAGGACCUGAGGAGUGUCUGCUGUGGGUAUUCCAAACAGAACCGGAGAGCCCGAGCCGAGAGAUUCAACUAUGCCCUGUGUGUCCUGGGCUCCCCUCGGUUCCCCUCUGGCCGCCACUACUGGGAGGUGGACGUGGGGACGAGCAAGGAAUGGGAUGUGGGUGUUUGCAGAGACUCUGCUAAUCGACAAGGGCCAAUUCUACUAUCUGCAGAACUUGGCUUCUGGACGGUGGGCUUGAGAAAAGGAGAUCUCUUCCAAGCCAGCACCAUGCCUGUGACUGUUCUCUCGGUGAGCCCCCGGUUACACCGACUAGGGAUUUUCCUGGACAUGAAUUUUGGCACCAUUUCCUUUUAUCACAUUAGCGAUGGAUCCCAUAUUUUCACCUUCACUGAAAUUCCUGCUGUGGAGACACUGCGUCCAUUUUUUGCUCUUUCGGAUCCCAUCACGGAUGGUCAAGGCUUCCUGAGAAUCUGUCCUGUGAUGAAUCCAGCUCCACCCUCAGCCCCUGCAGACACACCCACGGGGACCCCCACAAGCACCCACAACGGCCACCGGAGCAGCUCGGCGGAGAGCCGAGAGAACCACUGA